CGUUUUUUCAGCUGUUUCGGACGUGGACUAUGGAAUUGAAAAUUAAUUUCGGUUUGCAGAAAACAAUAUGUAUUUUUCGCAAGUAAUCAUUAAAACUGCAAAAUUGUUAAGAUAACAAACACUAAAAAGAAUAUUUGAGUACCCUAAAUAUUCGACCAAACCGAAGGUCGCCUUAGACGAAAACGUAUUAAACGAUAUUACUAAUUUGGUGUUUAAACCACGAAGGCAUCCUGGCGUUUCGAAAACCAGAACCGUUCACAUUCCAGAAUCUUUUGUUAAAGCGGUUCUGAAUGUUAUGGAGGAUUAUCCUGUAAAAUCAUUAGUCGAAGCAAGCCUGGAUUUGCAAAAACACUUAAAGUUAAAGAUUCCUCCAAUGGAAGAGCAGGAUAUUAAAGAGGCAACUCGACUGGCGCAUCAGAAAGUAUUGUUCAAACACAAGCAAGUCCCAAUAAAAGAUGAAAAUGAUGAACAUAGAUUUCGUCAAAUGGUCAAUAACAAAGUAUCAAAUAUUUUAAGGUGUAAAAUUAACAACUGGAAAGCAGUCAAGUAUGAUGCAUUUCUGUCCUUAGUGUAUCUUAUUGGGAGGUCAGCUGCAGAAUACUCGGUUUUGACUAAGAUUUUUGGCGACAUAGCUGAUAGAGAUCCAGAGUUUAAUCCCAGGAGUUUAUUUGAUUUUGGCUCUGGAGUUGGAACUGUAACAUGGGCAGCAAGUAGAUAUUGGAAAAAAUAUAUUUUCGAGUAUUUUCACGUUGACAUCUCCAGGGAUAUGAAUGAUUUAGCGGAAUUGCUACUAAAAGGUGGCAGAAAAACUGCACCCAUAUCUCUAAAAGGAGUUUUUUUUAGGCAGUUCCUGCCUGCAUCGAGUGCCAGCUAUGAUUUGGUAGUUUCUGCUUAUUCAUUACUUGAAUUGCCAUCUACAAGUGCUAGGUUAGAAACGGUUUUAAAUCUGUGGAAUAAAACACACCAGUAUUUGGUGAUAAUUGAACAAGGCACCACUGCAGGAUUUAAAGUAGUAAAUGAGGCACGUGAUUUUAUCUUGCAUAUUAAAAAAGAAGGCAAUAAGGGACACAUAUUUAGCCCUUGUCCACAUGAUAAUGUGUGUCCUAAAUAUGUACUAAGCGAUGGAACACCCUGUAACUUUGAAGUUAAUUAUGUUUCUAUGCCUGUGGGAGCAUCCUCUAGUACUCGAAAGGAAUUGUACUCCUAUGUGGUUUUAAAGAAAGGUGAACGGAAUGCUAACGAUGUAGAAUGGCCGAGAAUUGUAAAGCCUGUACUCGUAAAGCCUAGACAUACAAUUUGUAGAAUGUGUGUGCCAGAUGGAAAACUGCAAGAAGUAAUUUUUACUAAAGCCAGACAUGGAAAGACAACUUACCACUGCGCAAGAUCGUCUAAGUGGGGAGAUUUAUUGCCCAUUACAUUAUCCUGCAAUGAUGAAGAAAAAGAUACAGAAAGUAUUGAUGUGUCGAAAGAAUAACUAAUUUGAAAUCUAUUUGGUGCUUCACUUCUCAACUAAGAAAAAUAAGCAGAAAUAAAGUUCUUAUUCAUAAUGAA